AUGAACGACUCUAAGGAAGAAGUUUUCAAAGUCGGAAUUCGCAUACCGCCCUUCUGGCCCGAAGAGCCUGCGUUAUGGUUUGCGCAACUAGAAGCACAGUUCGCCGUGUCUGGUAUUAGCAGCGAUCAAACGAAAUUCUAUUACCUCGUUUCUCAACUUGACCGUCAGUUUGCAAUUGAGGUACGAGACAUCAUAACUGACCCCCCGGCUGAAAAUAAGUAUGGUAAACUUAAGCAGGAACUUAUUAAACGCCUCUCACCGACACCGGAGAAACGCUAUAAGCAACUAUUGACGCACGAGGAGCUCGGUGAUCGGACGCCCUCGCAGUUCUUGCGUCACCUGCGGAGCUUGGCUGGCCCUACGGUCCCCAUGGAUUUCCUCAUUACCUUGUGGUCUAGCAGAUUACCUCUAAAUAUCCAGACAGCUAUAGCGUCGCAAAUAGAUCUUCCUGCGGACAAACUCGGUGAGUUGGCCGAUAGAGUCUUCGAGAUUGCACCUGUAACUCCUCAGCUGGCUAACGCCUCAGCGGCUACGGCUUCAACUUCUUCGUCGUCCGAUGACACGAGGCAGCAAGUUGACAUCCUGGCUGACCAAGUUGCUUCCUUGGCGAGCAGAAUCAAUGCAAAGGAAAGGUUUCCGUCUGAACCUUGUAUAAAAUGCUGUGAUCGAUCUCGUGCUAGAUCAACAAAACCUCGUCAACCUCCUGCUGAUCACCCGCAUUGCUUUUAUCACUUCAAUUACGGCGUCAAGGCAAACAAGUGCAAGCAGCCCUGCAGUUUCAAGGCGGAAAACUGUCAGGGCGGUCGCAAGUAG